AUGAAACCUUCAUCAUCCAAGCCAACUAUCACUCGGAAUCAUCGCAGUAACGCCGAGGUCAAGGAAGAUAACACCAAAAUGCUCGAAGAAUUGAAUCUCCCGCCUGAUACCACCAGAAUAACGACUGCACUCACUCGCAGGUCUAAAGCUCAAAAAGCCAAGAACGUACUGGUUUCAACUCAGAAUGUUCCUGUGAUAGCAACUUCUGUACUUCCACCACGAGCUCCAGCAACUUCUGUACUUCCUCCACAAGCUCCAGCAACUUCUGUACCAUCCCAAAACCGAAUGAACUACUCCAAAUUUCGAGCUCAAAAGCAAGACAAAGCUAAAAACCCCCAAUUGGAUGAUACCGACCUCACUUUUCUCAUCGAUCAUAUGAGUGUGCCGGCUAAUCAUGCCAAGUUGAUGGGUUCUGGCCCUAAGACACAGCAACCUGCGAAGCCUCUACCAACUCUGAAUGCAAAUGAAGUUAAAAAGAAACGAACCGUCGACAGUGCACUCAAGCAAAGCAAUUCCAAGCGAUUGAAUUUCUUCAAGGAACAAAUUGACCUUGCAAGUAUCAAGCAGGACAAACGAGCUCAUAUUGCAAGUACUUCAGCAGCAGACGCAUUAGCAUUUGAAAAAGAGAAGUGGGAAACUCAGCAGGUACGCAAAGAUGCAAAGAGUGCGUCUGAGGCAGCUCAACUUUUCAAAAUUUCUCAGGCAACUCGUGAUCACGAAGAUAAGAAAGCACGGCGAGAGGCAAUUGAGCGUUGUUGCAAGGAAAAAAUGCCUAUGGAAGAAAUCAAGGAGUACAUCGAUUUUCUUUUUCCACCUUCUGAAACAGCUUAA